CGUAUAAAUCAAACGAAUCUAUCUAUCCGUUUCCUCUGUCCGAUCCCUUCAACCACAACCUUACAUUUCCAUGUACAGAAGAUAACCCAUUUCGGGACACCCGACCCAAACCCACCGUCAUACACACAUAAAAAGCUCGAACUCCACCAGCUGAACUCCAUUCUAUUCUUUUCUGCCGCAAGGCCAGGUAAGUUGGUGUUUUGCAACAUUUUCUUUCGGGAUCAGUAGUUAUUCUUUUGCAAGGGGAAAAUAUUUGCAGGAAUUGCUUCUUAGUUUCAUUGAGGAGAUUUUUUAGGGUUUGGUCUUUGAUCUUAGCUAUCAAAAACUUUUCUCUUAAUUUAGAUUUUUUUUGUUUCUGUGUGAUAUAUUUUUUUCGUUUUUUAUCUCUCCUAAGAAGAUGUGUAUGCUUCAUAUGAUACGUUUGGUUAUUUGAUUCACUUUUUUGGGUGUAAAUAUCAACUGUGGAGUAUUCAUUUUUCAUUUUUUUAACGUGAAAAGUUGAUAGGGACAAAAAAUACUAGUACUGUGGUUAAUCCGUAGUAUGAUUCAUAAAAUUUAAGGAAAGUGUCUAAAAUCUAGAAGUGGGUGGUAAGAAUUUGUUUGGAAUAAUUAAAUUCACAGUAUGAUUUACGAUAUUUAAGAAAAGUGUUAGAAGUUAAAAAUUGGUGGUAGGGAUUUGUUUUGAAGAAAGAUUGUUGUUAGCCGCAUAAUCUUCUCUUUAAAGGGAUAUGGUAGAAGUGUGAAGUUGAUUUUGAGAAGAAAGUAUGGAUAUAAUUGGGAGAGAGGGAGUAGCUCGAUCUUCUGCCCGGGGUUCAAGUGUUAAUUCUACUGUAAAUAAGAAACCGUACUUAUUAAGUAAUGAUUUCAGCAUUCAGCAUGCUCCUUGAUUAUGUUAUUACAAGUUAAAACCAGGGCUUCUAGAAAUUUUCACUCACCACUUUUUAUAUUCUUAAUCUAGUACUCCCUCUUCACAGUUUAUUACGGAGUAUGUUUUUUUUCGCAUGCCCCGUUUAUAGAAAGCAUUACUUGAUUCAUAUGAUUUGUCCUAAUUUUAUUUUGCAUGAGUAUCAAUCAUACAAUUUUUAAUAAAAAAUGUACAUGCCCAGCUAAAGCACAAUAAAGUUAGAGGAGAUAUUGUAGUUUGGUUUUUCUUGGCAUUUUGAAUUGAGUUGUUGAUAAUGGAAAACUCUAGCACAACAGGUUCUUAAAGAUUUUUGGGGACAAACAUGAUUCUUGGGCCAAAUGCAUUAUCAUUUUUUAUGUGGUUCUAAUCUUGCCUAAAUAAAUUCUCCUCACUAAAUUGAUGAUUGGUCAUACAAAGUUCUUUAAGGUGGACUAUUUGUUGUUUUGGUAUGUUUCUUCUCAAGAUAAUGCUAUUGUUGUUGUUUUUUGUGUGUAGAACUAAAUUGAUUUUAUUUGCAUAUUCUUUUAAGUUUGGUUAAAUCAAUAGAACAUAGAUAGACUUUGACAAUGUUGUACUUGUAUAGUCUCAUGUUGAUUUUGAUAAUAGUCAAUCUGUGCCUGGUGCAGCCCAUGCUGCUAAACUUGUCUCUAGCAUGGAAUCUCGUCAUUGUUUUGCACACAUCAGAACAGGAGCCGAUUUAUCGCUCUCUUCAUUCCCCAUGAUUCAGUCCUUACCAACUACACCGCCUUUUGAUUCCUCAAAGUUGAGCUCAAGGGGUUCUCCCAAUUCGCCCUUUGCUAAUUAUACCGAUUCCCAGACCCCAACUGCUUUAACUGAGAGUGAGGAGUUCUCUGCACAAAGUUUUUCUGGAUCCACUAGUGAGCUUUCACUGGACUAUAACAGGGGCAGUUCAAAUCACACCCAGAAGAUGGAACAUGUUUUGUGGCAGUUGGAGAGUGAUUUGAUGGCGCCCGAAGAAACACCGGUGUCUCUUGCUCCUCCUCCUCCUGUUAAUGAUAUCAAAUGGCUGCUUAUAGCCUGUGCACGAGCACUUGAUGAGAACAAACUACUUGAUUUCGACAGACUGGUGGAGCACGCGUGUGGGGUAGUGUCCAUCUCAGGGGAUCCCAUCCAGCGCCUCGGGACUUACAUGGUUGAAGGUCUAGUUGCAAGGAAAGAGGCAUCAGGUAGCAACAUCUAUAGGGCAUUGAGAUGUCACGAGCCUGCAGGGAAGGACUUAAUGUCCUACAUGCACAUCUUGUACGAGAUAUGCCCGUACCUAAAGUUCGGUUACAUGGCUGCAAAUGGUGCCAUAGCCGGAGCAUGCAGAAGCGACGAUCACAUUCAUAUAAUAGACUUCCAAAUUGCACAAGGGACCCAAUGGAUGACUCUCCUACAAGCACUCGCCGCAAGGCCUGGUGGCCCCCCCCACGUGCGCAUCACAGGGAUUGACGAUCCAGUUUCUAGGCAUGCCCGGGGUGAUGGUCUAGCUGCUGUAGGUAAACGCCUUGCAGCCGUAUCUGAGAGAUUCGGCGUCCCAGUAGAGUUCCAUGCUGUUCCUGUUUUCGCGACACUUAUAACAAGAGACAUGCUUGAUGUCCGGCCUGGUGAGUCUCUGGCAGUAAACUUCCCUCUACAGCUCCACCACACCCCUGAUGAAAGCGUCGAUGUCAGCAAUCCAAGAGACGGGCUUCUGAGGAUGGUGAAAUCCAUGUCUCCGAAGGUGGUUACAUUGGUGGAGCAAGAAUCAAACACCAACACGGCUCCCUUUUUCCCCAGGUUCAAAGAAGCUCUGGAUUACUACUCAGCCAUGUUCGAGUCGCUAGACGUGACCUUAGCAAGGGACAAAAAGGAGCGCAUCAAUGUUGAGCAGCACUGCCUGGCAAGAGACUUGGUGAACAUUAUUGCUUGUGAGGGAAAAGAGAGGGUGGAGCGACAUGAGAUGUUAGGGAAAUGGAAAUCGAGGUUCACCAUGGCGGGGUUUCAACAGUUUCCUCUUAGCUCUUAUGUUAAUUCGGUCAUAAAAGGCCUCCUCGGGACUUACUCUGAACAUUACACACUCGUUGAAGAAGAUGGGGCUAUGCUAUUGGGAUGGAAAGACCGAAACCUCAUAUCGGCAUCCGCUUGGCAUUGAAGCAAUAUAUGUUACUCGUUCACAAAAAUCCAUGGACAAGUUUGGAUGAACUUUGCUUUUUAAAAAGUGAAUUCUAGUGGAAUGGAAUUCAUGGUAGCAUAGAGCAAUAAUAGAUAAUUUCGUGUAAACACUAAUAGGUCAUAGAAGAAGGUUUAUGAUGUUGGUAAUUGA